AUGUGGAACGACGAAGAUAACAACCCCUAUGGGGCCUUUGAUCAACACCAGUCUCACCUAUCUGACUCUCUACAUUCAGCCGCACUUUCCCCUCAACUCUACGCGCAAGAUUCCACCCCCCCCUCUAGCCGCGGCUCCAGCAGCGAACCUCCCGAUUACAUCACUCACCCCGAAGACCUCAGCGACCCGGAAGAUGAGGCUGACUAUGGCGCCGCAAGUCAACAAUACCCACGGAAAAGCGUCUACGAUAGCCGGAUUGAGCAGAUUCUCUAUGAGAACCCAGAGAUACCAAUCUUGAUUACCGAUGCAGGCAAGAACCAUGAAGGUGGUGGGGGCUUCAUUGUUUACACCAUCCGGACUGCGGACUUGGAAGUGCGCCGUCGAUACUCUGAAUUUGCAUCUUUGCGACAGACCCUCGUCAAUCUACACCCUACCUUAAUCAUUCCGCCAAUUCCCGAGAAGCACAGUAUGGCGGAUUACGCGGCUAAGCCAACCAAGGCGAAAGAAGACACCGCGAUUAUUGAUCUCCGUAAGCGGAUGCUCAGUGUUUUUCUCAAUCGCUGCAGGCGCAUGAAAGAAGUCCGCGAAGACGGAGUGUGGUGGAGGUUCCUCGAUCCGAACGUUAGCUGGAGCGAAGUUCUGAGUUCGCAUCCAGCAUCCUCGGUUCCGAAGAACAAUCUCAAGGCACCGCCUCUUGACCCCGCAAACCCGACCCCCGGCCAUGGCUGGCUCCCGAUCCCAUCUGCUUCUGCUAAACUCAAGCCCAGCGGAGGGGCGGCUGGAAGUGCGGCAUCACCCACAUCGCCGACGGAACCUGAGCCACAGUCAUUCCCUGGACCUGAGGUUCUAGGUCGAUUCCCACCCGAGUCACGGAAGCUCAGCGAGCAAGAGCUCGAUCCCUACUUUAUUAAUUUCGAAGCCUCUACGCGCGAGUUAGAGCUUCUGCUCCAGGGAAAUAUCGAGAAAGUCAAUAGACGAACUCUUUCCCAUUUGUCAUCCCUCUCAGCCGAUCUCAUGGAAUUAGGCGCCCGCUACAAUGGGUUCUCUCUUUCUGAACAAUCCCCUACAGUGGCUGCUGCGAUUGAGCGUAUCGGCCAGGCCGCAGACACCUCUUACAUCGAAACCGAGGAAUUGUCUUCAGCUUUGAGCGCAAGCUUUGCGGAGCCCAUGCGAGAGAGUGCACAGUUUGCAAGCGUCGUUCGUGGCGUUCUGCGAUACCGCGUGCUCAAGCGGGUACAGCAGGAGAUGACUCGUGAUGAAUUGUCCAAGAAGAAGACACUAUUGGACUCGCUUGAGCGCAGCGAGCUUGAAGCCAAGCGCAUCGAGCAGUAUCUCAACCGCACGACUCCACAAUCAGGAGGCACUAAGUCUCGUUCGCUGUCGACAUCAUCUGCGGUAAGCAGUGAAGGGGCCGGCCCCGACGUUUCGGCAGACUCAGAAUUCCCACCCACCCACGAUGAUUCAUACAGUUCUCCGCCUGCGUCGCAAGUCGGAGGACCCAAGCGAUCAGACCUGUCGUCUUCAGCAUCUCCCGCACAUCGCAAAACAUCAAGUGGGACAUUUGUGGCAAACAAAUUCUUUGGUCGCAUCAGCCACGCGAUUCACGGGUUUGCAGACGUUGAUCCGGAACGCACACGGCGAGACCAAAUCGGAAAAACGAAGGAAAGUCUGGUUCAGUUGGAGCAAGCACUAGAGGUCUCCGAAAAGGAUGUCAAAGAUGCGAGCGCGGGUGUACUUCAAGAUCUCAAACGCUUCCAGAAGGACAAAGAAGCCGAUCUGCGGCGGUAUAUGGUUGCAUACGCUCGUUGCCACUUAGAUUGGGCACGGAAGAACUUGGAGACUUGGACUGAAGCCAAGGAUGAGGUGGACAAGAUCGUGGCUCGCUAG